GGUAGCAAAUGAACAGUUCACGGCAGCCUGCGCUCCCUAAAUCUCUCUCUAGGUUCAGGAAGCGCUGCCAGAAACCCAGAAUCUAACCCUAAACGAUGUCGUAUGCAUCUCGUUUCCUCACCCAUUCCAGAAAGAUAAGGAAUGCUUCCAAUGUUCUGCGAAGUGAGCCGGCAAUCCUGGUUCGGUGGUUUUCUGGAGGAACUUGUUCUUCGAUUGGUAAGGGAGAUGACCUUAUAGAGAUUCGAAGACGAGGUUUUAACUCUUCUACUGAUAGCCUACUGAGUGGGGUUCAUAGAGCUGUAGAUCCAAAUAUUUAUAUGGUUGGUUGGGUUAGAGGUUUCAAUGGGAACAUUUCAAGAAUGGCAAAGACAAUGGGCAUCCCAGUGGUUGGUUCCAUCAGCAACAAAAGGUUUUCAUGUUUGCAGAUGCACCUGAUAAGAGGUUUUGCAACAGAUGCAGGACUUCCUCCACACCAAGAGAUUGGUAUGCCUUCUCUCUCCCCUACAAUGACAGAGGGAAAUAUUGCGAGGUGGCUGAAGAAAGAGGGAGAUAAAAUUUCUCCUGGAGAAGUAUUGUGUGAAGUUGAAACGGAUAAAGCAACUGUUGAGAUGGAAUGCAUGGAGGAAGGAUAUCUUGCUAAGAUAGUACUUGGAGAUGGGGCAAAAGAGAUCAAAGUUGGGCAGGUGAUUGCUAUAACUGUUGAAGAAGAGGAUGAGAUUGCCAAAUUCAAGGAUUAUGAAGCUCCAAAAGGGGGUGCAGCUGAUGGGGGUAAAAAGUCAUCUGCUUCUCCUCCUCCCAUGAAAGAAGUGGCAGAGAAGCCUGCCAGUUCACCUCAGCCAAAUGUUUCAAAAGCUGUUGAAAGUUCCAAAGCAGGAGAUCGCAUUUUUUCCAGUCCUCUUGCAAAAAAGUUAGCUGAAGAUCACAAUGUUCCUCUUCAAAGCAUCAAAGGGACGGGUCCUGAUGGACGCAUUGUGAAGGCUGAUAUUGAAGAUUAUUUGGCUUCUUAUGGGAAGGAAGCCACAACACCAUUCUCUAAGGCAGCAACUUUAGAUUACACUGACCUUCCUCAUACUCAGAUAAGAAAGGUCACUGCUUCACGCUUGCUGCUAUCAAAGCAAACUAUUCCUCAUUAUUAUUUAACCGUGGACACUUGUGUUGACAAGCUGAUGGAAUUGCGGAGCCAGCUUAAUACACUCCAAGAAGCUUCAGGUGGCAAGCGGAUAUCUGUAAAUGAUCUUGUCAUAAAGGCUGCUGCUUUGGCUCUUCGCAAAGUUCCUCAGUGCAAUAGUUCCUGGACCAAUGAUUACAUCCGGCAGUACCACAAUGUGAACAUAAAUGUUGCUGUUCAGACCGACAAUGGGCUUUAUGUCCCAGUUGUCAGGGAUGCAGACAAGAAAGGAUUAUCUAAAAUUGCUGAAGAGAUCAAACAUUUAGCACAGAAGGCCAAAGAUAACAGCCUGAAAUCUGAAGACUAUGAGGGAGGCACCUUUACUGUUUCGAACUUGGGAGGACCAUUUGGAGUCAAACAAUUUUGUGCCAUAAUCAAUCCUCCCCAAUCUGGCAUCCUCGCAGUUGGGUCUGCUGAGAAGAGGGUAAUACCUGGUGUGGGUCCUGACCAAUUCAAGUAUGCUUCGUUCAUGCCUGUCACCUUGAGCUGUGAUCACCGUGUAAUUGAUGGUGCCAUUGGUGCUGAGUGGUUGAAAGCAUUCAAAGGCUAUAUUGAGAAUCCAGAGUCAAUGCUGCUCUAGAUACAUGGGUAUUUUUUUUUCAGAAAGUUCUUAUCAGCCAUCUCAUCAAUAACGGCCAUCAAAGUGAUCCAAACUGUUGUUUUCUUGAGUUCACAAUUGUUUGUAGCUUAGGUGCAACUCAGCACCUUUCUUCAUCCUUAAUGUUACUUUUAGGAUACAUGGUUGCAUGGAUAUAGGAUAAGAUUGGGGGUAUUGAGAAUAGAGUCUGCUGACAUCAAAAUUGUAUGAACCGAAUUUUGUUCAUUGUAGAGUCUAAAUAAUCCUCUUUGUGAAGAGAAUUCUACCUUCAAUCAAUAAUAAGCAUCUGGUUCUCCAAGAAUGGUGAUUUUGUAACUUAUCAAAGAAAUCCAAUGAUAACAGUAUCUGAGCUGCAGCUCUGAGGUUAAA